AUGCACGGACGGAAGACACAGGGAGAGCAGUCUGUGCUUCUAUAUAAGGCAGGGCUCUCGGAGACGGAUCGCUUGUCACUAAAUCCAUUGUUAUCAAAUCCUGGCCGUGGCACGGCCACGUUAACUCCUUCACUGCCAGACGGUCCUCGAAACUGGGUUCCUAGAGCUAAGGAUCUCGUUAUUGCAUCAACUCAUUCCACGUGUAUAAUAUAUGUGGACUCUGAUGAUGUCAUCACAAAAGACGAACAGAUAUUUCUGCUGAUCCAGGCAAAGCAUCGAUGCCAGAGAGAAAUCAAGACACAAGCUGCUGUCGAGAAGUAUGACACGAUGAAUGGGUUGGGAUGUUCUCCGGAAUGGGACGGUCUUACAUGUUGGCCUCGUGGGUCCCCCAACCAACUGGUCUCUGUCCCCUGCCCGAAACACAUCUAUGAUUUCAACCACCAAGGCUUUGCUCAUCGGAGAUGUGGAGCAUCUGGUCUUUGGGUUCAAGUAUCAGGAAUCAAUCGAACUUGGGCCAACUACAGUGAGUGUGUGAUCUUCGUCAUUCCGGGAAAGCGGACUCAAGACAAGAAAGUGUUCGAUCGACUCCGUGUUAUAUACACGGUGGGAUACUCGGCCUCUCUUGCGGCACUCCUGCUGGCGAUCUGCAUUCUUUGCUACUUUAAACGCCUGCACUGCACCCGAAACUACAUCCACAUCCAUCUAUUCACUUCAUUCGUAUGCCGGGCGGGAAGCAUCUUCCUAAAAGAUGCAGUUUUGUAUUCAGGGGACGAUAAAGCUACAUCCGGAGAUGAGAAUGGUGAAUUCCAACUUUCAAAGGGGACAGACGUCCAAUGGGUUGGCUGCAAGCUGACGGUGACAAUAUUCCUCUACUUCUUGGCCACGAACCACUACUGGAUACUGGUGGAAGGUCUCUAUCUGCAUAGCCUGAUAUUCAUGGCCUUCUUGUCACAUCGUAGCUACUUCUGGGCACUAACCAUCAUAGGAUGGGGUCUCCCAGCCGUGUUUGUCUCAGUGUGGGCGAGCGUGCGGGUGUCUCUGGCCGAUACGCAGUGUUGGGACGUCAGCGCCGGUCACAUGAAGUGGAUUUACCAGGCUCCUAUCCUGGCUGCCACUCUGGUGAAUUUCUUCCUGUUUCUGAAUAUAGUCCGAGUUCUGGCCUCCAAACUCUGGACAAACACCGCAAAGCUGGACCCUCGGCAGCAAUACAAAAAGCUCCUGAAGUCCACCCUAGUUCUCGUGCCUCUGUUUGGGGUACAUUACAUCCUUUUCAUGGCCAUUCCUUAUACAGAGGUGACAGGGUGGCUCUGGCAAAUACAGAUGCAUUACGAGAUGUUCUUCAACUCCUCUCAGGGAUUCUUUGUUGCGAUCAUCUACUGCUUCUGCAACGGUGAGGUCCAGGCCGAGGUCCGCAAGUUCUGGUUCCGCCGGAACUUAUCCGCAGAUCUUAAACAGAAAUCUCGUAUGACCAGCACAGGUGGCAGCUGUCACUACGGAGGAGUCUUAUCGCACACCACAAACAGCGUCUGCAUGAGCAUGGCGGGCAGGGGAAGACGGUUAUCGCCACCGGCACACUCCACAUCUCACCUGCUGGGGUUCUUCAUUGCCAGCACCUCACCUCUAGCGGGUAACACCAGAGAUGGCCAUGAAACCCACACCGUAACAUAAAAGGGAAACAGAUAAGAGCUGGAUCGUACAAUCUG